AUGACACUCGUGAUUGUCGAUGCCGGCAAAGUAGUCACAGAGCCGGGAAGGGAAACUGUCCUUGUUGUCACGAUUGUUGACCCUGGAAGUGUCGUUCCUGGAAGAGUGACAGUUGACCCUGGGAGAGUGGUCACCACAGUGGUGCCGGGAAGUGUCGAUGCUGGAAGAGUAACCGUGGUUAUAGAGUCAGAUCCAGGAACGGUUGUGACAACAGUGGUUCCAGGAAGUGUUAUUCCUGGAAUGAUUACAGUGGUUCCGGGUAUAGUCGUAACAGACUCAGAAAUAGAGACACUGGUCACUACACUUGUGUCUGGCACUGUCGUUCCUGGGAGGGUUACAGUCUCCCCUGGAAUGGUAGUCACAGACCCGGAUCCAGGGACAGUCGUCACAACAGUAGUGCCUGGAAGAGUUGUCACAGGAGCGCUGACAGUAGCGGUUGAAACAUCAGUGACUGCAUUCCCGGGAGCAGUAGUCACAACGGUUGUGCCUGGAAGGGUGGUUCCAGGCAAGGUUUCUGUAGCUGUCGAAACAUCUGUUACUGUGGUCACAGUCCCAGGCUCCGAGAUAGUUGUCACUUCGGUGGUGCCUGGGAGAGUAGUUACAGGGACGCUAGGUGUAGCAGUUGAUACUUCCGUAACUGUAGACCCUGGAAGAGUCACAGUAUUCGUAGCUGGCUCGAUUGGAGAAGGUGAGAUUGUUUCUGUCUCGGUAGGCCCAGGGACAGUAAUGACUGGGCCACUGAUGGUAGUCGGCACGGCCGAUGUCUCUGUAACGGUCGAUGGACCAUCACUUACUGUUACUGUUGAGACAUCGGUACAAAUUGAAGAUCCAAUUGUCACCGUGCUUGUUGAGAUUUCCGUGAUCUUCGUGCCUGACACUGUAACGGUCUGUGUAAUGCCACUUCCCGAAGCUGUUACCGUCUCGGUGACAGUGGUGGGAAUGGCGCUUGAAGGACCGGGUACAGUCUUUGUACUGAUAUCGGUGACUGUCACUGUGACUGCCGGGCUUGGUGAGGCAUUGACAGUGCUGGUAGUUGUGUCGGUCACGGUUUGA